AAUUCAUCGAACAUUUCAAAUCAUCAAACAAAAAAUGAACCCAGUGUCUUGAUGCUAAAGGAUGUUUUUGGUAAUACGUACAAGUAUAUUUAUCCAAAUGAUAUGGACCAAUUUUCUAAGAUGAGUACUCUCGGUAAUAAAAAUUCUUCUACGGUGAUACAUUUACCACCAGGAAUAUUGAAAUCUGACAACACUUCAAGUGAAACAGGUAUUAGUCCUGUAGAUCAUCCGUACAAAAGGAUAAGCUCUACAACGUCUGAGAGACCAAGGACGAAUAAACCGAAAAAUAUAACCAAUCAACAUAAACAAUCUUUACCCGGCUCCAAGGAUAAUCACAUACUAUCUUCUAUAUCCCUAAAGCCCGAAAUAGAACUUUCUAAAGUAAACAACACUGCUGUUUCAAUUAAUUCGAAUAUAUCGACUGAAACUUCUACUAUAAAAUAUUGUAUAUCUGAAAAAAAUGAGGAUGAGAACAGUAAAAAUUACAAAGCAACUACAAUGCCAAACUUUAAUAAUUAUUCUAGUGACAUUUCAAAUGAUGUUCCAAUAUUAUCUGAAAUUAAUAAUGAACAAUACGAUACCUCAAAGAAGUUGUAUAAWUCGUGUGACACCUGUAACGGCUUAAUAUUAUUGGUAAAAAAUGAUAUUAAAUUAAAACUUUUCUUAAAUUCUAAUGGAAUAUUAGAUAAAUCGUCUAAAAUGAACAGUAAAAAAAAUUCAACGAUAAAGGAUGAACUUUCCACCGAAGAUGACGUGGUAAAAGAUGACGAGUUGGAGUUUCCUAUUUCAUUGGGUGUUGGAGAAUGAUAACUACUUCAUAAAAACGCUGAAAGAAAACAUGCGUUAUUAUCUUUUUAAGUAUAACAAAAAAUGUUGGAUCAAAAUUUAGACUUACGUUCAAAAAUUAACAAAAAAAAAAAA